AUGGCAAGCCAAGGAAUCUUGCUAGAGGUCAAGCCGAGAGGCAAGCCCAUAUCCAAACUUCCAGAAAAAAUCUCAAUUGGUCCUGAGGAUAGCCUUGCCGCGCUUUAUUCCACGGUUUCUAGGCGAGCUGGUUUCCCGGUUACCCGGCUUAGGAUCACCAAGGGCAGCGAUGGUAGUCUCCUGAAAAACGACGCCCGUGUUACAGUGUCGAGUACCGGAGUCAGAAAUCAGAGUGUCAUCUAUGUCAAAGACUUGGGACCCCUCAUCAUUCACCCACUGGUUCUCUAUGGCCUACGACCUUACAUAUACCGAAGUCCUAAGCCACUGCCUCCUAUAUCUGACCUGCAGGCCUUGACCUGCACCUUGCUGACACUCCACUUCAUCAAGCGCGAGCUGGAAACCCUGUUCGUCCACCGAUUUAGUGUCUCGACGAUGCCUUUUACCUAUGUUUUCCGGAAUAGUGCCCAUUACUGGCUCCUUGGCGGUGUAAACCUCGCAUACUGGGUAUUCUCACCUUCAUCGCCAACAGCCACUGACCACCCUAACCCAGCGUUGGUAUAUUCAGGCCUGGUACUCUUCCUCAUAGGUCAGCUGUCCAACCUCUCGACCCAUCUCACCUUGAGAAGCCUCAGGAAACCAGGUAGCACAGAGCGCGUGAUACCCACUGGCUUCGGCUUCGAUUGGGUGACGUGUCCAAACUACCUCUUCGAAGUGAUGGCCUGGGUCGGGGUGUACCUUGUUAGCGGGCUAAACUGGAGUGUCCUACUCUUCCUAGUGGUGGGUGCCGGCACCAUGAUGAAGUGGGCUAGCCAAAAGGAGAAGCGAUACCGCCGUGAAUUCGGGGACAAGUACAAGAAAAAGCGCUUUGUUAUGCUGCCUGGUCUCUGGUAA